ACACCAUUAAAAUCCCAGCUCUUUGAGACAAAACCCUCGGCGGUGGUCGUCGUCGUUCCCCUCCCAAAACCCUAGCAUCUCCCCGCAAUUCCCCCGUCCUCUUCUCCCGAUACCCAUACCCCUUAGCAAAACCCUAACCCUAAACCUAACCUUAGAUCUCGAUGCGGCGCCCCAAGCCCCGCCAAUCGCUCACCCGCAAGAAGCGGCGCCUCCAGGAGGCGGAGGAGAUCGAGCUCCUCGACUCGUGGAUCGAGGCCAUGAAGCCCGCCUCGGGGACCAACCCCCUCGCCGUCACCCCUCCGCCGCCCUCCGCCCCCGCCGGCCGCCUCCCCGGCGCCGGCGGCGGCUUCUCGCCCUACGCCGGGUGCAAGCUCUUUAGCCAGUUGCCCAUCUCGCGCAGGACGAAGGACGGGCUCGCGCGCAAGUAUACAGAGAUGAGCGAGAUCCAGCGCGCCUCGCUGCCCCACUCCCUCUGUGGCCGCGACAUCUUGGGCGCCGCCAAGACCGGCUCCGGAAAAACCCUAGCUUUCAUCAUCCCGGUCAUAGAAAAGUUAUAUAAAGCACGAUGGGGCCCAGAGGACGGUGUGGGGAGCAUAAUAAUCUCUCCUACAAAGGAAUUAGCUGGACAACUUUUUGAAGAGCUGAAAACUGUAGGGAAAUACCAUACUCUGAGCGCUGGUCUUUUGGUUGGUGGGCGCAAAGAUGUUGAUGCAGAGAAGCAACGAGUCAAUACUCUGAACAUUUUGGUGUGUACACCCGGCCGGCUUCUCCAACACAUGGAUGAGACUCCAAACUUUGAUUGUUCACAGCUUCAGGUAUUGGUGCUUGAUGAGGCAGAUCGAAUUCUUGAUCACGGUUUUAGGGAGCAAGUUGAUGCAAUCAUCUCCCAGAUUCCUAGAGUAAGACAAACGCUUCUCUUCUCCGCAACACAAACAAAGUCAGUUAAGGAUCUUGCAAGGGUCAGUUUGAAGGAUCCAGAGUACAUUAGUGUGCAUGCUGAAUCUGUGACGGCGACACCUGAGCGCCUGAAACAACUUGCCAUGAUUGUUCCUCUUGAACAGAAGUUGAAUAUGCUUUGGAGUUUCAUCAGGAGACAUCUCAAGUCAAAAAUACUCGUCUUCCUAUCUAGCUGCAAGCAGGUCAAAUUUGUAUAUGAAGCAUUUAAGAAACUUCGUCCCGGAAUUCCUCUAAAAUGUUUGCAUGGGCGGAUGAAACAUGAUGUUCGAAUGGCGAUAUAUCUAGAGUUCUGUCAAAGUACUUCUGUUCUUUUUUCAACCGAUGUGGCUUCCAGAGGGCUUGAUUUCCCAGCUGUUGAUUGGGUGGUUCAGGUUGACUGCCCAGAAGAUAUUCCAACUUACAUUCACAGAGUUGGCCGUACUGCUCGUUUUACCAGUGACGGUAGGUCUGUAUUAUUUCUCACGCCUUCAGAGAAAGAAAUGUUGAAAAAAUUACAAUCAGCCGAACCAAAAAUACCAAUUCUGUCCCGCGAGCCAAGAAAAGAAAAAUUGGAACAAAUCUCUGCCCGUCUCUCAUCACUUCUGGUUCAGUAUCCUGAGAUGCAGCAAUUGGCUAAAAGGGCCUUUGUUACGUAUCUAAAAUCCGUGCAUCUUCAGAAAGACAAGGAGGUAUUUGACGUCACUAAACUGCCUCUGGAAGAGUUUGCUGCAUCUCUAGGUCUUGCCAUUACCCCAAAAAUCCGAUUCAUAAACCAGAAAAAGAAGGGACAGAAGGUACUUGUGGAAGCUGUUCAUGAGCAAGAAGAUGGAAUUGAUGAUAGCUACAAAGUUGCCAAUAGAAAGCCACAAAGUAGUGUCAAAUUGAAUGAAGAACCAGAAGAAGAUGAUAUUCUUUUGCCAAAAAAGACCAUCAUCGAUGAGGAAGGAAACAGAGAUGCUGAGCCGGGAACUAGGGUUUUGAAGAAGAAGAAGCUCAAGAUUAACGUCCAUAGACCGGUCGGAACAAGGUUGAAGUAUGAUGAGGAAGGGAACAUAAUGCCUCCUCUUGCUGCGGCCAUAGCUGGUCCUGAGAGUGGGAAUGCCGUGCUCCGCACUGAUAAAGUAAAGGAACGGUACGAGAAGCUGAGGCAAGAGAUGAAGGAGAAGGAUAAGGAGGACAAGAUACUGAACCGGCAGCGGCUGCGCGAGAAGAGGAAGGAGAAGCAGAUGAAAUUGAAGAGGCGGAGAGGGGAAGAGGAAGAGGAAGCAGCGGACUCCGAGGAUGGCCGCUCGGAGUUGGACGAAGCUGAAAAUGGAGCUGCGAAGAGAUCGAAGAUACGCUUCGUCAGUGACGAUGAAGAGGAAGAGAAGGGUAAUAAUAAAAAGGAUUUUGGCCUAUGCUCGGAUUUGGUUUCCAUAGCAGAGCAGGAGGCAUUGGCGCUCAAGCUGUUGGGUUCAAUGCAUUCUUGAUCACCUUUUUGUAUUAUUUAUUUUGUUUACUAUAAAAUCUUAAAUUAAUUCAGCAUAAUGUUUUGAAGCUGUCGGGUAAGGGACGUUUGGAAAAGGAACGUUCUAGUUUUUGUUUCUAACCGUUCGUAAUUGUAAGCAUUCUGCAGGUUAUUUCAGCGAUGAUCAUGCGGCAGUAAACUAGUUA